AUGAAGAUUAAAACAAUUAAAAGAAGUGCAGAUGAUUAUGUCCCCAUUAAAAACACUCAAGAAUCUCAACUGCCAAGAAACUUGAAUCCAGAAUUACAUCCUUUUGAAAGAGCAAGAGAAUAUAAAAAAGCCCUAAAUGCCACCAAGUUAGAGAGAAUGUUUGCUCAACCUUUUAUAGGCCAACUUGGCUUGGGUCAUAGAGAUGGGGUUUAUCAUAUUGCCAAAAAUUAUAACAAUUUAAAUAAAUUAGCUUCAGCUUCAGCUGAUGGGAUCAUCAAAUAUUGGAAUAUGUCCACUCGUGAAGAAUAUGCUUCCUUUAAAGCCCAUUACGGUCUUGUCACAGGUCUUUGUGUCACACCUGUUUCUGAAAAAAAUAAACAAUUCAUGUUAUCUGCUGGUGAUGACAAGAUGAUUAAAUUAUGGUCGAUUGAAAGUGAUGAUUUUGCUGAUAAUAAAAAUGAAGAUGACAAUGACAAUAAUACUUCCAAUGGAUUGAUUAAAACGUUUUAUUCUCAAAAUGCCAUUCAAGGUUUGGAUCAUCAUAGAAUAGACCCUACUUUUGUCACUGGUGGUCCCAUGAUAGAAUUAUGGGAUUCUAAUAGAUCAAAUCCAAUAUCAAAUCUAUCUUGGGGGGCUGAUAAUGUAACAAAUGUCAAAUUUAAUCAAAAUGAACAUGAUAUAUUAGCAAGUACAGGUAGUGAUAAUUCCAUCGUCCUUUAUGAUUUAAGAACAAAUUCUCCAACACAAAAAAUCGUUCAAACAAUGAGAACUAAUUCUCUUUGUUGGAAUCCCAUGGAAGCUUUCAAUUUUGUUACAGCAAAUGAAGACCAAAAUUCUUAUUAUUAUGAUAUGAGAUAUAUGUCUCGUGCUUUGAAUGUAUUCAAAGAUCAUGUUAGUGCUGUCAUGGAUGUAGAUUUCUCUCCAACAGGUCAAGAAAUAGUAACAGGUUCCUAUGAUAAAACUAUUAGAAUUUAUAAUAUUAAACAUGGUCAUUCUCGUGAAAUUUAUCAUACAAGAAGAAUGCAACAUGUUUUCCAAGUCAAAUUCUCCAUGGAUAGUAAAUAUAUCAUUUCAGGUUCUGAUGAUGGGAAUGUUAGAUUAUGGAGAUCAAAAGCUUGGGAAAGAUCAAAUGUAAAGACUACUCGUGAAAAGAAUAAAUUAGAAUAUGAUGAAAAAUUAAAAGAAAGAUUUAAACAUAUGCCGGAAAUUAAAAGAAUUAAUAGACAUAGACAUUUACCACAAGUCAUUAAAAAGGCUCAAGAAAUUAAAAAGAUUGAAAUUCAAUCUAUAAAGAGAAGAGAAAAUAAUGAAAGACGUCAUAGAAAGGAUAUGGCAUUUGUUCCAGAAAGGAAAAAGCAAAUUGUGGGGACUGUAUUUAAAUAUGAAGAAAGGAAAAAAAAUGAGAAAAAAAUCAGAUUCUGA